AUGACAUCAUCAAUGGAUACUAGUGAAGAUUUAAACUUAGAUAAUGAAACAAUAUUUUCUGUACAAUUUAAAUCUUUAUUCGAUGAUGAUACCGCACGAUAUUCUUCGGACACUAGUGAUGAAAUUAUUCAUGCAUUAUCAAAACUUCAUUGGCUACCUUCUCCAUAUCAUUUAUCACAUCAAAUUGUUUCAUUAGUUUAUGAUCGAUUGACUAAAUUUGUAGAGAAACUUAUUUUGACUGGUCAUACAUUAUCGAAUGAUGAAAUCAUUCUAAUGAACGAAUGUCUUGAUUUUAUUACAAGAAUAUUUGAAUCAGCGUAUACAACAUCUUUUGGUAAUGAAGAAGAGGAUAAUGAUACAAAUGAUGAUAUUAGUACUCCUGAUGAGAUAGUAUUGAGUACACUAGAAAAAUUAUGUCAAGAUAUAGUUCCAUUAAAUGAUUUAUUUUUGAAAUUAAUUCAGUCCGCUGGUUGGAAAAUAAUGAAAAAUCAUUUAGAAAUCAUGAGUAAAAUUGUUAGUUUUUUACUUAGACGUCAUAAAAUCAAUAUGAUACAACUACAGUUUUCGAAAAAUGUAGAUUCAUCAUUAGAAAGAUUUACUGAAGAAAAUCAGCGUUUAUUUGAUACAUUUGUUGAAUGUAUCAAUUCAUCGGAUGGCACUUAUGAUUAUUUAGAAGCUAUAAAUCAACUUGAUUCAAAAUUAUUAGAUGAACGUAGUAAAUUUUUAUUAUUUGAUAGUUUUAAUUUUAUUAUAAGUAAUGAUCUUUAUACGGAAGAUUUUAGAACAAAAUUUUGUCGUGAUUUUUGGUUAUUCAAAUAUAAACAAAUACUAAAAGAAGUUUUACCAAACAUAAUAGAACAAAUCAAUAAAACUUCUUUACCAUUGAAUGCAAUCAAAUAUUUAAUAACAAAUUUAAUUCAAAUGCAACGAAAAGCUGGAAGUAAUUCUAUGUUUUCGAAAGGACAAAUAGAAAAUUUUGCAUUGAAAGAUGAAUAUUUACCAAUAAUUAUGAUGUUAUUGCCUUGGUUUUCUAAUUCAUACAUUCUUAAAAACCUCAUGGAAAGUAAUGAUGAUCUUGAGGAAAAAAUUUUUCAACUGAAUAAAAAUUAUUUAAAUAAUACUAAAGAUAAUGUUACUAUUGCAUUCGUUACAUGGACAAUAUUAAAGUUAAUUCUAAUGUUUAUUAAUGCAAAUGGAGAUUGUCUUGCUUAUAUUAAAUAUGAUCAAAGUGUCAAAGAAAUUUUAUUAAAAUUAUUGAGUCAAAUUAAAGAACGCACUUCAAUAAAAGUAUAUAUUUACAAUAUUUUGGGAUUAUUAUUAAACGAAAAAGAUAUUCAAAAUGAAACAAAUAUUACAAAAGAAAUAAUUAUGACUUUAAUAAGCUAUAUACGUAAUAUCCAUGAAGAGAUCACUGAAGAUAACCUCUAUUUAACAGACUUGUUGACUUUGUUGAGAACAUUAAAAGCAUAUCUGCAACAUGAUCAAUUAAAAAGUGAAUUCGUUCGACAACAAGGUUUAGGAUUAUUAAUGGAGAUAGCAAUGAAAAAAUCAAGAUGGAUAGAUUUUGCUCUCGACAUACAGGAGUAUAUGGGUGAAACAGUAGAUAUGGAUGAAUUAUAUAGUAGUAAUGAAUUACCAGAACAACUACAAAAAAUGUAUGGAGCUAAUAUAAAAGCGACAGAAGAAGGACAACAACUGGCAUUAGAAUGUUUUUUUACAAUGUCAUUUGAUAAGGAAGCAGCACUCUUGUUAAAAAAUAAUGAUCGCUUUAUGAUUUAUAUUCAGCGUUUGGCUCAGGGUAAAAUUAAAACAAUGAAUCCUGGUCUAAAGAUAGCAGCAGAUCGUGUUCUUUGGAAAUUGAAAACAGAAAGUGAAUUUAAAAAAGAACAACAAGAAAAAACGUCAAUCGAUAAAAACGAAUUUGAUUUAAUGAUUAGCUACAGCUGGGGUGAUAAACCAUUAGUACGUCAAAUCUACAAAUAUUUAACGGAAAAUUAUAAUUAUCGAGUAUGUUUAGAUGAAAAUGAAACGACUGAUUCUUUAUGUCGAUCUAUGGCACAGGCCGUUGAGAAGUCAAGAGUUAUUCUCAUGUGUAUAUCUGAAACAUAUAAAAAAAGUGAAAAUUGUCGUAAUGAAGCUGAAUAUGCACGUGAUAGAAAGAAGACAAUUAUUCCAUUAAAAAUGACACAAGUUGAAUUGGAUGAUUGGCUUGGAUUUAUUGCUGCCGGCAAAAUGUAUAUUGAUUUUAGCAGAUCAGAUUUUGAAAAGAGUAUAACAUUACUGAAAGCUGAAAUCGAACGAAAUAAAAUGGCUAAAAACGAUACUAAACAAAUCGUCGCUAAAGUUGAAACAAUAAAUUCUUUUGGAUUGCAAACUGUAGUUGCACCAUUAUCAUCGACUUCGAAUCUACUUGUUCGUCCGAAUGUUAUCCCUACGGACUAUCAACAAAUUCCUAUGGAAUUAUGGUCUGAACAAUAUGUUCGGGAUUUUAUUUUUGAUAAGAAAUUGGAUACAAUGAUUUUAUUAACUGAAAAUAUGAAUGGUAGUGAGCUCUAUGAAUUAUGGGAAUUAUGUCAAAUACCACAAGAGCGUUGGCCAAUGUUUGAUCGUUUGAGUAAAGAACUCGAACAAAGAUAUAAACAAACGUUGCCAAUAUCGGUCUAUGUACGGUUUUUGCAACAAAUAUCAAAGCAUUCAAAUGUAUCAUCAGUUCUUUAA